AAUGAGCUGUUUGUCAUGCAUGAUCUCAUUCAUGAAUUAGCGACUCACGUUGCUGGAGACUUCUACUUUCGAUUAGGGAAGAAUGGAAGCAAAAUUGACAAAAAGACACGCCAUUUGUCAUGCAACUAUCAGAAUCAUGCAUGCUUGGACCAUGAGUUUUUCAAAAAAAUAAAAUCCUUACGAACAUUUAUAGGAUUGGAAAUUUUCAAUAUUCCUGAGUCUGCUGGAAAUGCUCCUCAUAUUCUACCAUCAAAUAUGAAGUGCUUGCGAAUGUUGUCACUUCAAGGUCUGCGUGCAUUAGUGGUGGUUCCUGAGUUUUUUGGAGAAUUCAUCCAUUUGCGCUAUUUGGAUCUAUCAUGGACAAGUAUUGAAAGCUUGCCUCGGUCAAUAUGUAAGAUGUAUAAUUUACAGACGUUGAUGUUGUGUGGAUCGCAUCUUAAGAUGCUGCCAGAUGACAUGCAAGAUCUUGUAAAUCUACGCCAUUUGGAUCUGUCCUUUUCAGGCACGAUUGUAAGUUUGCCUAACUCAUUGUGCAAAUUAUACAAUCUACAAACAUUGAAGUUAGAAUAUUGUUGGUGUCUGCAGAUGUUGCCAAGUGAUACACAAGAUCUUGUAAACUUGCGGCAUCUUGAUGUUAGAAAGACUGGUUUGAAAGAGAUACCGAGGGGAUUAGGCAAGUUAAAAAAAUUGCAAAUUUUAGGUGACUUUGUUGUUGGAAAAGAGCAAGGGAUCAAUAUUGGAAAAUUGGGAGCAAUGACAAAUUUAAAGGGUGGGGUUGCAAUUAAUAAAUUAGAGAAUGUCAAGAAUGGAAAUGAAGCCUAUGAAGCGAGGAUGAUAGAGAAGAAGCACAUCAAGGAUCUAACAUUAUCAUGGUCAAAGGAUGACGGCGUGGACGAUACAGCAAGAGAGAGAGAUAUUUUGGACAAGCUUCAGCCUCAUUGGGAUUUAGAAGCAUUGGAAAUAGAGAGGUAUAGGGGCACAACAUUUUCGGAUUGGUUGGGGAGUCCUUGCUACCACAACGUGACUUGGUUGCGACUGGAGAAUUGCAAAAACUGUUGCAUGCUUCCCCCCCUUGGGCAGCUCCCGGCUCUGAAGACAUUAUAUAUUGGAGGAUUAGAAAGUAUUGAGAAGAUUGGUGAAGAGUUGUUGAAGGCCAAUGAAUGUGCUCCCAUGAUACCUUUUCCGUCUCUUGAAUGUCUUGAGUUUAGAACGAUGACUUCGUGGAAAGAAUGGCAUUCCAUUGACACGGAAGCUUUCCCUAAACUCCAACAACUCAAAAUAGAUUAUUGCCCCGAAUUAGUUGGAAAUUUGCCUGGCCAAUUGCUUUCUUUAAAAACUCUACAGAUCAAAUUUUGUCCAUUGCUGACUUCUUGUAUCCCGAGUGUCCUGAAAUUCAGGAUUUAUUGAUAUGGGGAUGUGGAAAUAUGGGGUGGCUAGAGAAAGAGUUACCUCCUUCCCUAAGGAGGCUAGAAAUCACAGGAUGUCGGAUGUCGGAAUCAAUGUUGGAGGCACUCUCUAACCAUUUGCAUCUUCAAGAAUUAAGUAUUGGGGAAUGCUCCUAUACAUCACCUCCCAUGAUUCAUUUGCCUCCAUCACUACAACGGUUAGAGAUACGCAACUGUCAGAGUGUCGAUUUUGUGUUGAGUUCAACUGCUCCUCUACAAAAUCUCCAAUCUAUAGCUAUUACGUGGGGUUGUAAUAUUGUGAAGUUUAUGUCGGAUGACAUGGAAGGUCUUCUCCCAAAUUUAAAACAGCUACAAAUACAUAAUUGUGGAGAGAUGGAAGCAUUUCCAGAGGGGAUCCUUGUGCCAAGUUUGAGGGAACUUCAUAUUGAAUGGUAUAACAAGCUAUUAUCCCAUCAAGCAGAGUGGCACCUCCUAACUAAUAUUACUUACCUUCGUAUUGAGGGUAAUAAUGUCAAGUGUUUCCCGGAGGGCUUUUCUCUUCCAGCCACUCUCACCACUCUGGAGCUCGACUCCUUCCACGACUUGGAGACGUUGGAUUGCACAGGACUUGAGCACCUAACCUCCCUCCAACAACUCGACAUCAUGGAUUGUCCCAAGCUGGAGAAAAUGUCAGGAGAAAAGCUGCCUUCUUCUUUAAGAAAGCUUCGCAUUAAGUAUUAUCCGCUGCUUAAAGAAAAAUACCAGAAGAAGGAUGAAGAUCUUAUGCGCCGCAUAUCCCACAUCCCACUCAUCGAUGCAUAAGUAUUCCAGCGCAGCUAAGAUACAGUUAUCCAUAUGGGCGGUGUCCAUCUUGAUAUGACCUAGUUCUAAUUGAUGAAAACAACAUAUAGUGCUUCUUCUUGACAAGAUGUGAUGUUGUCGUUAAGAUCCUUCAUAUAUUCUUAUUCUAAUGAGCAGCAAAAAGGACAGAAAGGGAUUUGCAAACUUGAAUCUGUACUGAGGAGAAAAUGUCAAUGAAAUCCGAUAGAGUCUAUGUCCUCUUGUUCACUCUUGUUCACUAAGCUUCUGAUCAUACUCAUGAACAUUUUGUUUUCUUCUCUAAAAUUGUUUUCGGAUAAGUUCAUAAAGACUUGUACAUUGUGUAUUGUAUCGUGAUUGUCCGUUACUUUUCAAAUUUCCAGGCUUUAUGCUUGGGGAGAGGAUGCAGGGUUCAAUUUUUGAAUCCAAACCUCUACAUGUCAUGGUGUUAUCGUU